AUGAGCGAGCCCCAGCACGAGGAAAGCAAAGAUGACCCGGGCCUGGCGGCCAAGGCGAGAGGCGCGGGAAGACAGCAGGGGAGCGCGCGGGCGGCCCAGAACAGCGAAGGGCAGCACAGACCUGGGAGGGCCGCAAACGGCCGCGGCGGGAAAGGCCGGAGGCCCGCGAAGAAGCGGGCCGCGGAGGGAGACCGCAGAGCGAGGGAGCAGGCGGAGGGCGCGGGCGGGAACGGAAGGAACCAGACAAAGCGCGCCACCAACGAAGAACGGCCAGGCCCACCACCCAGAGAAGCGCGAAAGAGCGCGCAGGCGGGCAAGCCGGACGAGGGCGGGACCGGGGAAGGGCCCCGGGGAGGCAAAGGAAGCCGCAGGCGCCACGCCGGGGGGGGGCCGGCCGGCAAGCCGGGAAGGGGCAGCCGGGCGACCAGACGCCCCCCGGAACCAAAGACGGGGAGGGCGCAGAAGGGGCCGGCGGAGGCCGAAAAGCAACAGCCGCCGAGCCCGGGCGGCAGCGGGGAGGGGGAGACGAGGACGGGAGCGGAGCGCGGCGAGCCCCCAACGGGCGGGCGGGAGGAAGGAAAACAGCCGGGGCAAAGGCGGGCGCAGGGGGGCGGCGGGCAGAAAGCCAAGAAGGGCACCGCGGACGAGGAAAGACGAAGGCCCCCGACGGGCCCGGGGAAGCAGGACGCCGAGCCCGAAGGCCAAC